AUGGAACAAGAAGCUAUCGCCGCCGGGAGGCGCAUCUAUCUAGGCACGAUCAUCCCCAGUAACCUUCCUUACGAGGCAAAGCCCUUUGAAGUAGAAGAAGUCUUAGCUAAGAACGGUUUCGAUCGUUUGGACAAGAUUCAUAUCUCGGUUGAUCCCGUCAGCGCUCGAAACCCCGGGUAUUGCUUCGUCGACUUCCACGACCGCGAGACCGCCGAGAGAGCCCUUUCGUCUCUAUAUGCCACUGUAUACGGAAGGACUCUGAAAGUCGGACCUUGUGAGCCAAAGAAGCCUCGUGAACGUCGGGGAUUCCAAAACGACGAUGCAACAUCUCGCCGAUGGGGUGACUGGAACGCCAAAUCGAGUACCAACGGCAACAGCUUGGGCCAUGCCAACGGCAGAGGCGAGGAUAGGGGCCCCAACUGGGCUAUUGAUCACUUUGAGGGCGUGAUAAGGGAUCAAGGGGGACGAAGAUUGUAUGUUGGCGGCUUAGACAAAAUGGUCGAUCAAGCCCAGCACCAGGAAGAACUGGCCCGGAUUUUCUAUGGUUUCAAGCCGGCCGCAAUCGGUAAACGAAUCACACCCCAUGAGAGUAAGAGAACUCUGCCUGGCAACCACCACUACUGCUUCGUCGAUUUCGAAACCAAAGAAGAAGCAAGCUCAGCAGUAGAGCAACUCAACAGAAAGAUGAUUCCAGGAGGUCAGCUGAAGGUUUCAGUGUCGGAGAGAAUUCCUCAGAAGCUCGUGGGCCGUCAACUAGAUGCACGAGAGAGUCGUCAGCUCGCUGAUCGAGUUAACAACCCCCGUUCAAACAAGCCCGAGACGAACAAUGCGAUGGUAUCCAACAACUGGCGCAGAAAGGAUUAA